GUCUUCAGUUUUCCUGCCUUGUGGAAAAGAAAUAGUAAAGAUGGCAGAGGUGAGCAACAAGCAGAUAACUUUGAAGCAUUAUGUGAGUGGCUUCCCAAAGGAGUCUGAUUUGGAGGUGAAGACUACCACCACUUGUCUCAAGGUCCCAGAAGGUACUCCAAACGCGAUUCUGGUGAAGAAUCUUUAUCUUUCCUGUGAUCCUUACAUGCGUCACCGCAUGUCCAACCAUAAAGGAAGCUACAUCAUAGACGCCUUCAUACCUGGCUCUCCUAUAACAGGAUAUGGGGUGUGUAAAGUUAUAGAUUCCACGCAUCCAGACUUCAAGAAUGAUGACUUGGUUUGGGGAUUGGCUGUUGGAUGGGAAGAGUAUAGUCUUAUAACGGAUACACAAUGGAUAAUAAAGAUUCAAAACACAGAAGUCCCGCUUUCAUAUUAUACAGGAAUUCUUGGUAUGGCUGGUUUGACUGCUUAUGUUGGUUUUUAUGAGAUAUGUUCCCCUAAGAAAGGAGAAAAAGUGUUCAUAUCGACUGCAUCUGGAGCAGUUGGUCAGCUUGUAGGUCAAUUUGCAAAGUUGUUUGGCUGCUAUGUUGUUGGAAGUGCUGGAACUAAAGAAAAGGUGGAUCUCUUAAAGAACAAGUUUGGAUUUGAUGAAGCUUUUAACUACAAGGAAGAGGAAGAAGACCUCAAUUCAGCUCUGAAAAGGUACUUCCCAGAUGGGAUUGAUAUUUACUUUGAGAAUGUUGGUGGAAAGAUGCUUGAAGCAGUUCUCCUGAACAUGCGAUUACAUGGGCGUAUUGCAGCAUGUGGAAUGAUCUCGCAAUACAACCUUGUGAAGCCAGAAGGUGUUAAGAACUUGUUCAGCCUCAUCUUGAAACGAAUUCGUAUGGAAGGAUUCUUGGUCUUAGAUUACCUUCACCUCUACCCUAAGUUCUUGGAAAUGAUACUGCCCCACAUUAAAGAAGGAAAGAUUAAUUAUGUGGAAGACAUAGCACAAGGUCUGGAGAAUGGUCCUGCGGCUUUGAUUGGACUUUAUUCAGGCCAUAACGUGGGAAAAAAACUGGUUGUUGUUGCCCAUGAAUGAAAGACACAAUUGGGAAACCGAUUUACAUGAUAGUAUUGUUAGAGACAACAAUGGAAACCAUAAUGGGUCAUUACUCUGUUUCCUAACCAAUAAGAGAUCUAUAUUCUACAACUACAAAUAAAGAAGAUAUAAUUAUA